AUGUGUGAUGUAAUCAAGGGCCGGUUUAUCGAGCAGCGGAUGCUCAGAGGGGAUUUGCGCCAAAACAAUUCCGUCUGUCUCAUUCAAAGAGCAUCAUCGUCUCCAUCCACAACGGCUGCCCCCCCUCUGCUGAAAUAUCGGUUGAGAGUGAACCCCUUGUGCGUGUGCGUGCGUGCGUGCGUGCGCGCCCCUCCUACCUUCGCUCCGCUCCGUGAAAGCCGCACUUCAUCAUCAGGCGUUGAAGCUUUCAGGAUCCGCUGCUCGGCCGGGCAAGAGAGAGACGCACCGGGAGCCUUGACGCGCAAACUCACCGUCAAGAAGAAAAUGACCAUCGAGAGGAUAUUUGACGAGCUUGGACAUUUUAAAAGAUUUCAGGCAUGUCUGUACUUUGCAGCAGUCUUCCAGGCCGUGUCCUGUGGGAUCCACUACCUGGCCUCUGUCUUCUUAGUGGAGACGCCAAACUUUGUGUGCAGCGUCCCCGGCAACAUCACCGAUGUCCUCUACGGUAACCUGACGGGGUCCUCUCUGGAGGACUUCCUGCCGGUCUUCAAGCCGGGGAAUGGGCCCCUCGUGGUCAGGACGGCUGAAGGAGAACAGUGGGAGCUCAGCCGGUGCCGGUGCGCCCUGCGCAUCGACCCAACGGGCUUCACAUACGACUUUGAUGGCAACAAGACAGUGAGAGCCUGCGAUGAGACCUUUGUUUACGACCAUACUGAAGUGCAGCAGAGCAUAGUGACGGACUGGAACUUGGUGUGUGGGAGAGAGUGGCUGGCCAAGCUGUGCCAGCCCACCUUCAUGCUGGGGGUGCUGAUCGGAGCGCUGGUGUUUGGAGACCUUGCUGACAGAGUCGGCCGUGUGAGGAUCCUGAUGUUCACCAGCCUCUGUCAGUUCGGGCUCGGGGUAUCCGUAGCGUUCUCUGGAAACUACAAUUUGUUUAUGGUGCUCCGCUUCCUCCUUGCCAUGGUGUCCAGUGGCUACCUCGUGGUGGUGUUUGUCUAUGUGACAGAGUUCACCGGCAUCAAAGUGCGCACAUGGACCUCUAUGCACGUGCACGCUGCCUUUGCUGUCGGCAUCAUGAUAGUGGCCCUGACCGGUUACCUGGUGCGGGUCUGGUGGAUCUACCAGAUCGUCCUCUCCUUAUGCACCUCGCCAUUCCUGCUCUUCUGCUGGAAGUUCCCCGAGACCCCCUUUUACUUGAUGGCCAAGGGCCGGUACAGGGAAGCCCAGGCCUUGCUGGAAGCGAUAGCCCGCUGCAACGGCCUCGAUUACAGGCUGAAGGUGGAGGAGCUCCUGGAGCCAGAGGAGAGAGAGAACGGCAAAGCUCUCCUGAAGGAGGCAGAGGAGCGACCGCCGCAGCCCGAAAAGAAGCUGUCCAUCCUGGAUCUGUUCGGCAGCUGGAGGAUGGUGGGCCGAACGUGCACAGUGUGGGCCAUCUGGUUCAUCGGCAGCCUGGGCUACUACGUCUUCUCUUUAGGCUCAGUCAACCUGGGAGGAAACCAGUACGUCAACCUCUUCCUCGCUGGCGCAGUGGAGCUCCCCUCUUAUCUGGUUGGCUGUUUCGCAAUGGACUGGAUUGGCCGGAAGAAGACUUGCGCCCCAGCCCUGCUCCUCGCCGGCGUCGCUUGUUUGCUCAUCAUCGUGGUACCUGCUGACAUUGAUGCACUGGCCAUUGCUCUCUGUAUGACAGGGAAGUUUGCCAUCGCCAUUGCCUUUGGUCUCAUCUACCUGUACACCUGUGAGCUUUACCCAACCAUCAUCAGGUCUCUGGCAGUGGGCAGUGGCAGUAUGAUGUGCCGUGUCGGCAGUGUGGUGGCUCCCUUCUGCGUGUACCUGGCUGAGUUCUGGGUCUACCUACCACAGCUCAUCGUUGGAAUCCUGGCAUUCAUUAUCGGAGUGCUGACGUUGUUGUUGCCUGAGACCCUGGGCAGACCUCUAACAACCACCUUGGAAGAGGCUGAAGCUCUAGGACGCGAGCCCAGCAAGAAGAACUCCGCCCUGGGCAAUAAAGAUGCUGAAGACCGCUUGGAGAUGAACCAACAUGAAGCCAAGGCCUGAGCUGCACACUGCUGGAAAACCGGAGAGAAAAGAUUCACAGAGAGGAGCUGUGGAAAGAAAAAUGAAGGAAAAGGGUGGAGGUGACAGCUGCCAAAAAACCGAAACAGUAAUAUCAUUGAUUUAUUGGAUUGUUGGAAGAAAAUGAAAAAGAAAAACAGCAAGCUUUAUUCAGAACUUGUUGGAAUGACGUGUUUGUUGACAUUUUGUUUGGCAAAGUGACCAACAGCUCAGUACUUUGAGGGUCCUGUGAUGUUACACAAGCCCUCCUGCACACACACACCUCUCAGUGAUCAGUCACAGAUACAGUGCAAACACAGCAAUCAAUGAAUUCAGUGAAGGAGAAAAUCGUUGUGUGUAUAUAUAUAUAUUGUGUGUGUGUCCAAGACAAAGGAAACAUGAAGUAUACUGAAGGAUCAUUUCAGUUUGUGACGUCGGUCGUAUUUUUUUGAAGUUUUGCCUAUUAUUUCUACUAGUGAUGAUAACUUUGUGCUCACUGAAGUAAUUUCUAAGACCAGUGAACCUGCUAGCUGGACUGCUAGCCAAAACUGCAAAAAUAACACCCAAGUUGGGAUAAACUGCAAUUAUCCAAUUAUCUGGAGUGUGAGUAUGUAACAGUCAACCUAUGCACUGCGAUGCAGUGACCUUUCAGAAACAGUAAUCAUCGGUGCUGAUUCCAGCUACGGCUCCCUUUCUGCAACACGCAGGGUUAAAGUGUGCAGAUGCAGUGCUAUUUCAAAAAAACACAAUAUUGUACAUCUCAUUAUCUUGAUGUAGACAGCAGGAUGUUUUAUCCCAAUGACAAAGAAGUGCCUUAUUUUGAAAGUCCCCUUUUUGUUAUUUUCAAGGCCUUUUUUCAAUCUCAGGGCACCCGCCUUUGGCUAUCACUGUGAAAUGAUCCUGAUCACACUUUUUAUCUUUACACUCAGUUCGACAGUGGCCUUCUUGUUUAGGAUGGCAUUGCGUAGCUUAAAUGUUAUUAUCUAAUGUGUGUUUGGGGGUGGGUGUCAUGUUUUCGACAUGCUUACUUUGUGUGUGCAAUCGAGAUUCUGGACGCGCUGAAGGAAAUGUAUGUACAGGAGUACAACAUUAUAUAAGCUGAAGAGUCAGGAUGUGAUCUCCAGAUGUUUUGGACCAAAAGCAGGAAUGAAGCACAACAGUGUCUUCGCCUGCUUUGUAAUGCUGAAGUAUACUACUAGCUUGAUUUUGUUUCGUAUCAAACUGUAGCGUGGUGCUUAAAUCUGAAGGAGAAGCGAAAAAUCAUGACAAUUAACAGUGUGAUGAAAAUACUCAGGUUCAGUACUUGAUUCUAAUCAGUUUUAACAACAAGCCUUCUUGGUAUUGUUUUUGUUUAAUUGUAGAAAACUAAUUUUAUUGGGGUUGUUGGCAUCUUCAUAUCUACGAUGC